GUGCUAAUGAGUUUCACGUGACCGCUCGGCGUCUAUCCAAAUCGGUGCAGCCUCCCCUGAUCCAGUAUCCUUGGAUUACACCACAAAUAGCCUCCUCCACGUUGCAUCCAAGCUCGUACACCGACGACGUGUGUAUUCGAGGGUAACGACCACGACCCAUGCCACGACUAUCGCGUGCAGCCCUGUAACGUCCACCUGCUCCGACCCUGCAAUGUCCUUUACCCCAGCUAUGUCUUGGUUCACAUCCUGGCUCCCAGAGCUUCCAGCAAUCAACAUUUCCCUCCCAACUAGUAUACAGAGUCGCUUCUUAUCCUUUCUGCUUAAGAAGACUCUUGGUCACUUUCUCAAGCCCGGCCAGUUGGAUGUGCAUCAAAUAGAUUCUCAGAUUGGAUCAGGAUAUGUUCAGGUUGCCGACUUGGAGUUGAGUAAUGAAGCUAUCAAUGAGCUCUUGAAUGGUAUGCCGAUCGAGCUGCAUGAUGGUAGCAUAGGCUCCGUCAUUGCUAGGAUUCCCUGGCCAAAUCCUUUGACUUCUGCAGUCGGCUUAUCUCUCGAAUCUCUCCAUCUAACGUUCGUUUUGUUACCCUCAUCCAAACGUACCUCAAAUGCCUCCAACCUCGCCGACUCGGUAGCUUCAGUAGCUUCAGUAGCCGAAACUUUCAUUCACGACGAAUUGACGCCCCGGGAAGAAUUCAAGUUGCGCGAAUCAUUUUAUUCUGAACAUUCCAUUCCCGAUGAUCCCAGUGUUCCUGGUGGUCUUGAUCCUUUCAUAACAUCCCCAGAAUAUGAGGAUGCUCUGCCAGAUAUCGAUCCGGCAGGCGUCUCUAUGUUCGCAACAUUAAUCGAGCGCCUCCUCGCGAGGUUCGAAUUCGAUGCAACGAAUACCAAGAUAACUCUUAUGCAGCCAGGUCGCACGAGUCUCACAUUAUCUAUCGCAGACAUACGGUAUCGUACAGAAGACAGGUCGGAUGACGAGGAAGAUGGGAAGGUGCGGUCCGUAUCCAUCACUGGCAUCACGGUUUCCGCACGUAACCUUCGGCCAGCAUUCGAUAUAUCCUCGUCUUCCUUAUCCAUCCGACCAGUAUCUUCUCCUACUAGCACACUUCAGUCGUCAUCUAGUACGCCUCGAUGUCCAUCACCGACUUCAUCCUCUUCGUCGCUGGACGAAGACACGCAAAUUGCCAUGUCUCAAUCCCUCGCCUUUUUACCACCCCGGCCUUCCUCUCCAGCAAGUUCGGUGGCUAGCAGCAUGUACCAGAGUGCAGUUUCGAUGCAAUUGGAACAUACAGCCGACAUCCAGGCUCCUCCCCCGGAACUCUCGGACCAGUCCGACCUCGGACAGGCCAAAGACGAUGAUGCAAUAGAGCAGGAUGAACACAUCAUCCUCUCGUUUGGACCUGAUCCAAUCUCACUGCGAUUGACUACCCCAGGUUGCUCCCCCACACGCGAGAAUAUUGCAUCAAAUGAAAACUUCAAGUUUUCUGUAACUGCAGGCAUCAUAGCCUGUUCGUUCCGUGCUUGGCAUGUACGGAGUAUCAUGGACAUCGCAAAUGUUUGGACAUCACACCAGCGGCCUUCUGCCCCUCCAGCAGCCGAGACUUUACCAUCUUCACCGCCCUUAGCUAUGGGAUUAGAAGUGGCUUUGAAUGUUAGAGGUUUAAUCAUCCUUUUCCUACCGUCGACAAGCCCUGAUGCGGCACUGGCAAGAAAUGGGAUAGCAGGGUUCUUUGAAAGGCCCCUAGUUCCUCCCAAGCUACCCCAAGGCUAUCUUCGAUUUCACGUCGAGGGUAUUUCUUGUUCCGGGGAAAUAUCUUUAGGCUCAACAGAAGCUGCGAGGUCCAGUUCGUUAAAGGGCAAGAAGAAUGCUUCUUCUACGUCAUCGACCCUUUCAGUGUCCUUGGAUGAGAUUUCUGCAUUCGCAUUCCGAUCCAGCGAACCUUCCUCUCAGGAUGCUUACGCCACACCCAUUUUGAUCACUGACUUCCAUCUGCCAGAAUCAUAUCACGUACCACAUCAGCACCCGAAUCCUAUUUCGAAGUGUGGCGAAUGUCCGGAAUUACCCUCUUUCGAUAUCUUGGAUUGGACUGACGACAGGCACCAUCUAAAUGGAAUGAGGCUAUCGCAAUGGAGGACUAAACACAGACAUAGAUCAGAGAAGCCAACCGAACCCAGCAGUCAUCCCGCAGUCAUAAUGUCCAUGUCUCAGGGCCUCUCGCCGUCUGAACGUGAGAAGGAUAGGAAGUUCCAUCAAACAAAUGUUGAGGUAAAAAUCCUCCCUUUGCAUGUAUUCGUGGAUCUCCGGCAAAUCCUAGCAACGAGCUGCAUGAUGGAGUUCUUGGACGAACUUACUACGUCACAUACUUCUUCGACUCUGGAUGAUGAGGAUCGUUUCGAUAAUGAUAGCGGGGAUGAGGACGCCGGCGACGCCGAAGGGGAUACGCCACCGGCUACGCCUCAUGGUGGAAUACUGAGACUCAAAGAAAGGGAAGCGGAGAGGGAAAGACGAAGACUUGAGCAACUGGUUUUGAAAGAUCUUGAUCUUGAUUUUGACUAUCAAACUCAGAAACUACCAGGGAUUGAACAGAAGCGCUCAGCGCGAAAGCGUCGGACACGGAAGCAACAAGAGGCUUUACUGAGCUUUUCCGUCAAGGUGCCUUUAGUUCGUCUGCAAGUACGAUGUCCACCCCCUGCCGGAUCAUCGCCUCGCUCUGGUUCGCUCAUCCUCGACUUACAUGAUAUUCGUGUCGCAAAUGCACCUUCGAGGAAACCGCCCAGCGCCAGGUUUGCUGAUGAAACUUCUGAUGCGACUGAGGGAGAUGUACUUGCCGCUGUUGAGAUUGGACGUAUUGUCAUAUCUUCUUCGACACAAACGAUUGGGAAGGCUGCAGCACUCAUAUCUAUCGGGCCUUUGGCUGCCUCUGAUGAUCAUGAAGAAGCCAGCACAUCUUUACUACCUCGUGUCGUUGUGACCAAGUCGGCGCGUACAUCCACUCUAGCCUUGACUAUUUCCAUCCCAUCGGUCUGUGUCAAUAUGUCUAAAGCUGCACUCGACGGCUUGCAAUAUUGGGCAGAUGACGUCACGCAGUUGUUAGAAAAGGCAUUUGGAUCUACGCCCAUUAGUGACGACGGCGAUAAGUCAAGUAUCAUCGGCAGCAGGUUUUUCACCCAGUCAAGGAGCGGGAGCGGUAGCGAAACAACAACUAGGGCCAGCAAACCGAAACAGACUGAAACGGCAGUGAAGGUCACGAUCGCUGAAGCAUUUAUCCGAUUAGCUCUUCCUCGGAAGUCCGAGGCUUCUGUACCUGUUCGGCCGUUAGACUUGUACGCUUCUGACGUCGAUAUCCUGGUCGAAAUGAAGCCCGAUGGAAAGGAUGAAACUGUCGUCACAGUGGGGAUCAUGGAUUUGACUUUGAAGAAUACUGAUGCUUCGAAUGCUUUCGAAACAUAUCUAUCGUUGACUGCUCCUCGAAGUCUGACUGCGACCCCUCAAUGCCUGCUCCGUCUUCAGUUUACUUCCCUUGUUAUACCGGAGACAACAGCAAAGGAAUCCCGCAUAAAGAUCUCGUUAUGGGGAUUUACUUUCAAGCUCUAUCCCAAUAUUGGUUGGACUACUGAUAUUGCUGAAUUCGUUAAGGCCCCUCCCGGUGCCUUUGAAUCUGUGAUUCCAAGCGAGCGGACCCGUAUUUCAAUUCGAAUUUCUGAUGGAUCGAUCAACACUGUAGCCCCCAAACACCCAGGUUCUGUCGUUGUGCAUAUUGGCGAUCUGGAAUUUGGGACAAACCUUGUCGGAUCAUCGUCGGACGUCUCAUUCCGUUUAAGUGUUCCGGUCCUUGCAUUGCUCGCCAUCGACGAUAUCUCUGACAUCGCUGAACCUAACUAUACUUCGAGUUCUCGUAAUGGUGUUUCCCACUGGAGGAAACUCGGUUAUGCUUUGCUUGCUGAAGUUGCUUCUCUUGACCUACAUUUUGCAGCCACACAAAGGUCAGAAAUGAAAGUGAUCGUGGAUCAUGUUGGCCUUCGCUUGCAUCUUUGUGCUGAUACUUUGGAGGAGUUGAUCGCUUUCAUCGGUGACCUUACAUCUGCUUUCAAACCUCCGACAGAACAACAGGAAGUCAAGCCGAAACGAAGACCAACGAUGAUCUCAGAACAACCAUCAAGUCGCCAAAACCUGAUGUCCUCCAUUGACGAUCUUGCCUUCAAGCGUGUUCCCGAAAUAGGACCAGCUCCAGACAUGAUUAAUGACGACCUUCCUACGAAUCUCGAUUACUUGGAUGAAUCAUUCAGUGCAGCCGCAGGUUUACGUGAGCUGCGUGAUGACGACCUUGAGGACUUUGAUAAUGAGGAUACCGAUGAAACGCAGACGCCUGACGACCAGCUAAUUGGGAUUGUAUCAAAGGUGGGCGGGGAGACCAUCAAGAUGCUCCGUCCGGAAGGCAUACAUUCGGUUGAGCAUUAUUUCGACAGUUUGCAGCCUGAACCUAUGGAUGGACAGAUGGAGCUUGGAGGAAGAACAAUGCGCAUACAGCUGAUCGAUGCGGACAUUAACGUCUUCCUCUACGGUGGAUAUGAUUGGGCCAAGACGAGGCGAGCUAUUGAAGAGGGAGUCAAGGAGAUGCGGAAACGUUUGGCGAAGAUCAGACAGCUUGUUGCCAGCGGACAGACACAAGACACGCUGGAAGACGAGACCAGUGCAUUACUCUUCAAUUCCGUUUACAUAGGUUUGGACCAAGACGCUGACGAGCUAGAGCCCGGUGCUCUGAUUGCUGCCAUUGACGAAGAACUCAAGGAUGAUUAUGAGACGGCUAGCCAAAGCUCUUGGCAAUCCCUCAAGCCGUCGGCAGUCGGCAAAACACAGAUCAAGGCCGCUCGAGUCCAUGGCAAACGACUCACUCGCGCUAAGGGACCUAGCAUUGAGUUCCGUUUGGCUGGCAUGAAGCUCAGUGUUGAUCAGUAUAAGCCAGAAGAGCCGACGGUGUCCAGGAUCUUUUCUACCGUGCGAGAUUUGGAAAUUCUUGAUCAUAUGAAGACAUCGACAUGGAAUAAAUUUUUGACGAGCAUGCGAUCUGAUUCGCGUGGUAACGUACGGGAAACAGAUUCAAAUAUGGUUCGCCUUGAGCUUCGUAUGAUACAUCCUGUGCAUGGACAUUCUUCGGAAGAAGCGAGAUUGAAGGCAAAGAUCUUGCCCCUGAGGCUGCAUGUUGAUCAAGACGCACUUGACUUCCUAAAGAGCUUCUUCAGUUUCAAGGAUCCUCAUGCUCUCCCUUCCCCACCCAAGGAUUCAGAUGAUGACAUAUUUUUCCAACUUGCUGAGAUAUUCCCUAUUGAUAUCAAGAUGGAUUACAAACCCCGGCGUGUUGAUUACAGGGCAUUGAAGCAGGGCAGGACCAUAGAAUUGAUGAAUUUCUUCCACUUCGAUGGCUCUGAGAUGACGCUUCGACAUAUAACUCUAGCGGGGAUUUCUGGUUGGCCGCGUCUCUUUGACCUCUUGAACGAUUUAUGGACACCAGACGUCAAAGCUACGCAGUUGGUUGAUGUCAUUUCUGGCGUGGCUCCAAUACGUUCCGUGGUCAAUGUCGGAUCAGGUAUUGCAGAUCUAGUACUCUUACCCAUAGCGCAGUACAAAAAGGAUGGGAGGAUCGUCCGAGGAGUACAAAAGGGUGCCACAGCAUUCGUCAAGUCGACAGCCAUCGAAGCCAUCAAGCUUGGUGCCCAUUUGGCCACCGGAACUCAAGUCAUACUGGAGCAGGCCGAAGGAGUUCUUGGCGGACAGUUCGACAACACUAUCAUGGCGGAGACAUUGCAGGGAGAUGAAUUUGUUCAGUAUGGUUAUGGUGAUGAAGAUGAAGCAGCAGAGAUGAUCAGCAAGUACGCUGAGCAGCCGGCUGACAUCAAGGAAGGCGUACAGUCAGCGUACAGAAGUCUGCAUCGAAACUUGAAUUCGGCUGCGCAGACCAUUUUGGCUGUUCCUAUGGAGGUAUACGAGAGAUCGGGCAACGAGGGGCCUGUUCGUUCUGUUAUAAGAGCAGUACCAAUUGCAGUCUUGAAGCCGAUGAUAGGCGCUACUGAAGCCGUUAGCAAGACUCUACUGGGUCUUCACAAUACUCUAGAUCCUAAUGUUCGCCACGACAAUCAGGCAAAGUAUAAACAGCGCUGAUUUUAUCUUUACGAUCUUUUUACCGCCCCUAGCAUUUUGCAUUGAACCUCCUUACGGUAGAAUAAUACUUCAAUUGUGUAUCAAUAGUGUAUAUGUGGAUUAUGGAAUACAUGGCAGACGCGAAAGAGAAAGAGAAGA